AUGGGUCCCUCUGUGGAUUCGUCCUCGCACAUCGCCGUGUUUGCCUACGAGAUUCAGGCUUUGGUUGAGGACCUUCUGGGACAAAUUGCGUUUCUUGCAGGUCGGAUAGACCAAAUGCAGGGGGAGCAGGUUGUCUCCACCGCAGUUGCCCCUUGUUUUGGCAAGCCGGAAGAAGCACACAAGCAAGCGAUAUUCACGUGCAAGAGAUGCUUCCUCCUGGGAUCCCCACGAUCCCAGCCUGGCCUUUCCAUCGUUUGGGAAGCAGGUGGACACAUGCUGGUGUUCAAUUUGGUGACGACAGAGAGUGUGCAUUUUUAUCUGUCUAAUCUGUUGACACAUGGUGGCGCUAUUGAUUUGAUGUCCGAAAAGAAAGAACUGAACCUACGUGUACAUUCCAUUCAAGGGAGACUUAUGUGCGAGACAAACAAGGACAGUGCAUUCCAUUUCCAGCCCAAUAUGGAAGACAUAACUCUAGGAACUCUGUAUGAUGAUGAUACGAGCAGUCAUUGGAUUCUGCAUUUCGUGAGUUUAGUGCAGGAUCUUCAUGCAACAUUAGAGUCAAAGGAUAUUGAUUUAACUGGAAAAAACAUACACCCAACUCUUGCAAGCCGAGCAAUGAAUGAUACUAACAAUAAACACAAGGAAGUAUUAAUCAAAGAAACUGAUGCUAAAUUUGUCUACAAAGUCUUUGGAGAGCAGGCAAAGAUCAAGGAAGCAGUUGAUACCUUUUAUAGCUAUUUGGAAUUGCUGCCUCCCUCUGGUCGACAUAGAAGACAUAAAGAUUCAGAAACAGGACGUAGAGCAUAUCAACGCCAAAGUUCAAAAGAAAGCUUGACUGAUAUACGUCUACAGUUUACAUCUAAGAAUGGCAUAACAGUUAGUGUACGUCAUGAUAAUAUAACCAAAGAAUCCGUGGACAUUAUUUGCAAUGCAGCAAACUCUCAAUUAAAACAUGCUGGCGGUGUUGCAAAUGCCAUUGUUAAAGCUGGAGGUCAGAGUAUACAAAAAGAAAGUUUUGAUAUAAUCCGGGAUAAGGGUAGAGAUUUAGUAAUGUCUGAAGUUGUCUAUACUCAUGCUGGAAAACUUGAUUGUCAGUUUGUCUUUCAUGUUGUUGGGCCAAGGUGGGAUCCUGGAAGAGAAAGACAGAUCAGGAAGGACCUGUACAACUGUUGUAUGAACCUGCUAACAAUGGCUGAUAAGGACAUGAAGUUACAUUCAAUUGCAAUACCAGCAAUUGGAACUGGCAUCUAUGGAGUUCCUAAAAAUGUAUGUGCACAGCAAAUGGCUUAUGCUGUUGAGGAUUUUAUUCGCCACUAUUUCCAAGGCCAUCUACGUGACAUUCGUUUUAUUGACAUUGAUGAUAAGACAGUAGACAUAUUCACCAAGGCUUUUGAGAAGUUCAGAGGUCAACCUGGUACUCUUGGUAAAAUAAGCUCAGUUGAUCAAGUGGAAGAUGAGAUGCAUGCUAAUUCUGGUACUCCUGUAAGGUCCUAUGCAUCUGUUACAAUGGACAAUGUGAUACAUCAGUCAUCAAGUCCAGCAACAGGAACUCGUCCCAAAUCCCACCCAGGUACAGCUGCCAGAGUUGACAGUACAGCUACAGUGGUUGACAAAACUAACAGGAAAGACUCUAAUUCCAAUAAUGACAAACAGUGUUCAAUUUGUCUAGAUGAUAUGAAUGAUCCUAAAACAUUACGAUGCAAGCACAGGUUUUGCAAAAAAUGUAUCAAACAGUCAGAGAAGCACCAGGGAAAAACAUGUCCAGUCUGCAAAGAUGUUUAUGGUCUCAUCACUGGUAACAUGCCGAAGGGCAGUAUGGUGCACAAAUUCUCAAAAAUACAUUUGCCAGGAUAUGAAGCAUUUGGUUCAAUUGUCAUAACAUAUGAUAUCCCAUCUGGUUACCAAGGA